AUGAAUAAUUCAACAAGCCCAAACUCCACUAACAAUGGAAUGGCUCUUCCAAGUCCAUAUAAAACAGUGGAAGUGAUAUUCAUUGUAUUGGUAGCAGGAUCACUCAGUUUGGUCACCACCAUUGGAAAUAUCCUUGUCAUGGUCUCCAUUAAAGUUAAUCGUCACCUGCAGACUGUCAACAACUACUUUUUGUUCAGCUUGGCAUGUGCUGACCUCAUCAUAGGAGCCUUCUCCAUGAACUUAUACACUCUCUACACUGUGAUUGGCUACUGGCCUUUGGGGCCUGUGGUAUGUGACCUCUGGUUAGCCUUGGACUAUGUUGUCAGCAAUGCCUCUGUUAUGAACCUACUCAUCAUCAGCUUUGACAGAUAUUUUUGUGUCACCAAACCACUAACCUAUCCAGUCAAGAGGACCACCAAAAUGGCAGGCAUGAUGAUUGCUGCUGCCUGGGUCCUCUCCUUUGUACUGUGGGCACCUGCCAUUCUCUUCUGGCAGUUCAUUGUAGGGGUAAGGACCGUGAAGGAGGGAGAAUGCUACAUCCAAUUUUUCUCCAAUGCCGCUGUCACUUUUGGCACAGCCAUUGCCGCCUUCUACUUGCCUGUGAUCAUCAUGUCAGUCUUAUACUGGCACAUAUCCCGAGCCAGCAAGAGCAGGAUAAAAAAGGACAAAAAAGAAGCUGUGGCAAACCAGGAUCCAGUUUCUCCAAGUCUAGUCCAAGGCAGAAUUGUGAAGCCAAACAACAACAAUAUUCCUAGCAAUGAUGAUGGCCUGGAGCAUAACAAAAUCCAAAAUGGUAAAGCCACCAGAGAUGCAGUGACUGAAAACUGUAUUCAAGGAGAAGAGAAAGAGAGUUCUAAUGAUUCCACCUCUGUCAGUGCCAUGGCUUCUAACAUUAAAGAAGAUGAGAUAACCAGAGAGGAAAACACAGUUUCCACUUCCCAGGGUCAUUCCAAAGAAGAAAACUCCAAGCUGACCUGCAUUAAAAUUGUUACCAAGACUCAGAAAAGUGACUACUGUGCUCCCACCAAUACCACUGUGGAGAUUGUUGGUCCUCCUGGACAGAAUGGGGAUGAUAAACAGAAUAUUGUUGCCCGUAAGAUUGUGAAGAUGACUAAGCAGCCUGCAAAAAAGAAACCUCCUCCAUCCAGAGAAAAGAAAGUGACCAGGACUAUCUUGGCUAUCCUAUUGGCUUUCAUCGUCACCUGGACCCCAUACAAUGUCAUGGUGCUUAUAAACACCUUCUGUGCAACCUGUGUUCCCAAUACAGUGUGGACAAUUGGCUACUGGCUCUGUUACAUCAAUAGCACCAUCAACCCUGCUUGCUAUGCGUUAUGCAAUGCCACCUUCAAGAAAACCUUCAAACACCUUCUCAUGUGUAAUUACAAGAACAUAGGAGCCACGAGGUAA